GCUCAUUAUAACGUUUCCCUAUCAUGGAGUUUAUCGUCCUGCUGACUGUGUGCGCCCUGUUGGGCCUCAGUUGCGGACAGCACGGGGAGUAUUGUCACGGGUGGACCGAUUCCUAUGGGAUCUGGCGCCCCGGCUUCCAGUGUCCGGAGAGAUACGACCCGUCCGAGGCCACUUUCUGCUGUGGCUCCUGCGGCCUCAAAUACUGCUGCUCGACUGUGGAGUCCCGAUUGGACCAGGGGCUGUGCCCCAACGAGGAGGAUCUGAGAGACGGGGUCCCCUCCAUUGAACUGCCGCCCACAGUUCCCACCUACUUCCCCUUCCUCCUGGUGGGCAGUAUUUUCGUUAGCUUCGUUAUCCUUGGGUCAUUAGUGGGCCUGUGCUGCUGCAAAUGCCUGAAGCCGGAGGAUGAUACUCAAGCAAGUGGACCGGCCCCUAUCCAGAGUCGACUGUUGGACCAGGAUCCGUCUACGGACACCUCGCGACACUCUAGUUCCAGCUCUGCCUCCAUGCCUCGUCCCCCUAUAGGCGCCCGCCCGCAAAACCUCUGUUCACUGGGAGCGGAAAAUAUCAACCUGUAUAUGAACAUGCCCCCAACAUUUCCUAUGAUGGGAUGCCCUCAGAAUGCACAGUUUAUGCACCCUGGAACAGCCGGGCCAUCCUUCAUGCAGCCGCCAUUUAUUAAUUAUGCAGUACCAGCAGAACAUGCCAUUAUAAUGGCCCCUGCACCUUAUAUCGAUGCCAGGAACUGUUAUGGGCAGACAUCAAACAUCUACUGUCAGGUACCCCAGCAAAAUGAUCAGACCGUGUGUUCUGGAUCCCCUUCUAAAUGUUAA